AUGCCCAAAUCCAACAAGCUCCGCAUCCUCUGUUUCGGCGACUCGCUCACCUCGGGAUACAGCCGCUCGGGUCUGGUUUCGCACCCUUACGAGCAGAAGCUGGUCCAGGAGCUCAAGGUCGCCCGACCGGAGCUUGAAAUCGAGACGACGGAGGAUGGGAUUCCAGGCGACCUGACAGGCUUCUUCGUGAGCCGCUGUCUUGAGCACUUUGGGCCGAAACAACCCAGGUACGACUGGGCCAUAAUCCUUGGGGGAACCAACGACCUGGCCCGUCAAUACUCUCCGGAAACAAUAUUCGACAACCUAAAACGCUGCUGGGACCUGGCUCUUAGCCAUGGGAGCAAAGUCCUCGUUCUGACGGUCCCCGAAGUCGGUGUGCGCAGCCGCGCCGACGAAAUGAGGGACAAGUUGAACGACAUGAUACGCAAGGCUCAGGGCGGUAACAUUUACGUCCACGACCACCACGCCGCCGUCCCAUACUGGUCCUUGUCGCAGGAGGAGCGCGACAAGUACUGGGACGACGACGUCCACCUCACGGCGGACGGCUACGAUCUGAUGGGUAAGAUGAUUGCCGCACGGCUGGUGGACAUUUUGCUCGGUGAGGAAAUGGAGGCAAAGAACAAGACCUCCAGCGGCGAGCGCCCGUCGGCGUCGAGCCGCUCGAGGCCUGGAGUCAAGGCUUUCAAGGGCGACGGGGUAGUUUUUGAGGAGGAGGCGGGCGACUCGUCCAAAUUGCGGCAAGGCUAUGUUGUUGUGAGGCGGACAGAUCUCGAUUAG